AGUUAAGGGCUCGAGGCGCCGUGGGACCAGAGGUUCCGUCCUUUCCGUUGCUCAAUGAAACCUUCCUAAUGGAGCGCCGGAGCUUUUGAUGGUGCUGCGCAAGCGCUGUGGCUGGAGCUGGCACGAUGGAGCAUCCGCGGCUGCUACAAGUUGCAAGUCUGUUUCUAUUUGUUCUGUGCUGGGGGAAGAGCUCAGCUGGUGAGUCUGGAGUAAAUGCCGCCGGGAUCCUGCUUUGCAGAGGGGUCGCGUCUCCCGUUGGCAUGUGCGCAGCCCCGGUGCGCCGCUUUCUUGUCCUUGCUUCUCGUUGUUACAGCUUUGCUAACAGUAGGCUGCUGUGUGUGUGAGAGUGUGUGUAUGUGAGAGACAGAGAGAGAGAGAGAGAGACCGACCGACCUAUAAAAACCAGCGUAGGAGAGUCUUGCAGUCUUGGAUCGCCGCCUCCGGUCCCGGUUCUGGCCACAUGGAGCGAUGCGUGCCCAAAGGCAAAACUGAUACUUCCUAAGUGGCUCCCUUCUCUUUGUCCCGCAGAAAUUCUGAAGUCUCCGAGAACUUCCCUGCUUAACUGCUCAAGAAGUGCUUCUGCGGCUUCUGGCGGGGGCAGUACAGUACUGCUCAGCAAACAGGAACUGAUUUACCCAACUUAAAAUAUUAACCGUGUGUGUGUUUGUGUGUGUGUGUGUGUGUGUGUUAGAGAGAGAGAGAGAGAGAGAAGGAAGGAAGGAAGGAAGGAAGGAAGGAAGGCAGGCAGGCCCUGAUGAAACUCAUACCCUUAAAAAACACAUGGGGGUCGUCUUUGUCUUGGAACUUGUGUUUCCCCCUCCUGCCAGAGUAAUGGCAAAGCGGACCUGCAGGCAAAAUGAAAUGAGUGUCCCAAUUUUAGAUACUCUUGGAGUGCACUGUUUUCUUCAAAAAUUUGGGGCAAGGAUAAAGUUGCUCUUGCAUCAUUAAAAUGUCAAAACUUUUGACAUGUUACACAGUCCACUUCUGCUGGUGAUAGCAGACUCUUUGUGGGGCUUAGCAUUCUCUUCCAAAGCUCCAACCCAUGCACCUCAGUCAGGCAAUCUGGUCUAGAAAUGGAAGGAUGUGCAUGGAUUGAACAGCAGCAAUUUUUUAAAAAAAACUUCACUUGGUGUAAGUGUACUAACUCAAACAGGCAAAACUGUUUUAAUGCCUAAUUCUUUAAUUUCCUGUGGUGCAAUUCUAUGCAUGCUAAUUCAGAAGUAAGUCCCCACACCAUGUUCAGUGGGUUUGCUUGGGUAAGUCAGUGUGUUUUAGGACUUAUUUAUAUAUUGAAUUUAUAUCCUGCUCUUCCUUCCAAAGGAGCCCAGGGCAGUAAACAACAAGAGCUAAAUCAAUAAAAACAUCUGAAAAACAAUUCCAAGUGCCAGCGCAGAUUGGGCGAAAUCUCAACCUAAAAGGCUCGUUGACAGAGGAAGGUCUUUGGUAGGCACUGAAAAGACAAGGAAGCAGCACCUGACUGAUAUUCAAGGAUUGUAACUUUUUUGUGUUGCUGAAGCUGGGUUUCUGGGUUUAAAGCAGAUUUCCUGUAAGACAGGCUACCCUUUCAUCACUAGAUUAGGUCUCAGAAACAAGCCUGCCACUACACCAGUCACAUGUGGAAAUGUGAUGCCAGAAAGCUACAAAACCGAGUCCCUCAACCUCCCACAUCAUUGCUGGUCUGAAGGUCCAUGAGGUUACCACCUUGCUGAAGCUAAACAGAUCUAGGCCUGGUUAGUGCCUGGAUGGGUGGCCUCCUAGGAGCAACAUGCACCACCUUCAGUUCCACGACAGAAGAAAGGCUGGAAGGAAAUAGAAUUAAAUAAAUAUACAAUAAAACCCUUCCUUUCCUUCAAAGAGUUCAGGGCAGUAUAAAUGAUACAAGAAAGUUGACCAAUACUCGUUACUGUGAAAUGCAACUCUUUGAGAAGGGAUUCAGCAAGGAAAUACCAUUAUACAUUCAGGGGAGUGUUGAGAAGUUCUGGAGGGCAAAUAAAUGGUGGGAGAAUUUGGCCAGGUCCACCCACAAGGGGUUCACAGCAUUUUCCUUGAAGGUGCUGUGGUUAAGUCACUGAACAGGAGGCUGGAUCCAGAUUCAUUCUCAACACACAGGACAAAGCCUUGGCCAAUCUUGGCACCUUUAUCCUGUGUAGGUGGGCAGUGGGACCUCUUGAUGAUUGUGUCAGAUUGACCAGAAUUUAAUCCUCCUUAUGUAUGUUUCAGAUACAAAAUGGAGCAAAUUCUUGGUUCAGAUAGACAGAGCUGUGGAGAACUACAAACCAUGUAUGCAGGCAAACUGCAGCUGUCAUCAAAGGUAAGGGGCCAGCAUCUCUCACAAUCCAAUUAAUACUUACAGUGUGAUAUAACUCACCAACUCUAGGUUGAAGGUGUUACCCUAAGUAUGCUGAAUUAUAAGCACCUCAUGUUAUUGGGGAUCACUUGCAACAACCUCGUUAUUGGGAAGCAGAUGAUGUGUGCCAAAGCAGACCUGACACCAUUUACACAGUUAAUUGUGAAGGUUUCUUUUAAAGAGUAAAUAGCAUGGGUGGUACCCUGCCCGAGAUUGAGAACUGAUGCGUGGGUUAACCCAUCUGAGGUCCCAGUCUGGAUUAGCACCUGCCACUGGCUUUUAACAAAUUUUGCACAUGGAAUUUGUUCACACAGUUGCUAACUGCAUGGCAUGUCUACUUGGAACGUGUGCUGUCUUGAAAUAGUAAUAUUUAACAUUGUAACCACCACCACCUGUUUAUGAAUUGCUUGUUACAGAUGACAGAGCCUCGCAGUGAUAAAGCACUAAACACAACAGAAUAUCAGCUUGAAAUAUAGUACCUUAAAAUAUCAAUCCACAAUCAAUCGGAUGAAGGAUGGUAUAGCAAUUUAAUAAAUAACAACUAUAACACAGAAAAAUCCCCCCAACACAGAAUUGAAUUAAUAUUGAUAUUAAUUCCUAUAUUUAAUAUUUAAUGACACAGGGUCAUUAAAAAUAGGUUCUGAUUAUUUGUGUGUAUCAACCAAAUGUAGAGAGGAAAUAUCGCGUCUUCGUUGGAAAUAUAGUAAUAUUGUUACUAGGUGGACCCAAUGGUGUUCAUAGUUUAAAGUAGCUCCCUGUUUCAGCUCCCUCUCUCUCUGUGCAAGGCAGCAAGUUCAAUAUAUUCUACUAAAGUGAUUGUAUUGAACCAUCCCAUGCUAAAAUCCCUUCCUAGAAUGACUUAGCUGUUAUACUAAUUUUCCUUAAUGUGUUUAAUGAUGGGUGGAAUCUUUCUUCCCUUAGAGUUAGGGAACAGGACUUGGCUCCCUUCCGAGAGGGGAUCUCCGAGGAGCUGCUGUCAGAAGCAAUCAGUCGAAGGCUUGGGACGCACUACCAGAUCAUUGAGAAGAAGUUGUACCGUGAACAUGAUUGCAUGUUCCCUGCAAGGUGAGAGCAAUACGGAAUGUAUCAGAGAGAGAGAAACAGGAAAAUCUCCCUAGCCUCCUUAACCUAUGGGUCACUGAGCAGAAAACAUUUGAAAGGGCUAAAUUCCAGUGUAAGAGGAAGAAACUGAUGAGGCAUUGCUUUGCCUGAAAUGUAGAAAUUGCAUUUGCUUUUGUGAGAAAUCAAUAUUGACAUGGCACUUUAGUUGUACGAGGGGGUGAUGCGGGUUAGAAGCUGAAAGAAAUCGGCAAUAAAUGCCUCUUGGGAGCAAGGAUAAUGGAAAGGGAUAACUUGCUGAGUUGUCUAAAAACAGUUGUUUGGGUGUCAGAAGGAGCUUGUGUCUGCGCCCAGCUUGGUUUAUACUUGUAGUAAAGAGCAAACAACACCAGCAUUGCAAUGUGUCCCUAUUGCUUUCCUCUUUCAUUUCAGUCCCUGGGCUUUUUGUGUGGUCAUGCUGUUCCUAUGGGUAUAAAAGCCUUUCUCUGUCCUCUGUUUGGCUGCUUCCCUUCAAGUCUACCUAGAGAGACCCCAUUAGCCUUUUAUCAAUUGCCUUGCAUUCAACCGACUCUUGCCUUCACCAUCUCUGCUGCUUGUGUGGUGUGCCUUCAUUCAAGUCUUGGUCUUCAAGACAUGGACACUUUACCUUCAGUGUGGUGUAGUGGUUUGGGUGCUUGACUAGGGUUGGUGAGACCUAUGUUCAAAUCCUCACACAACAGCAAAACUCAACUAGCAGACAUAACCUACCAUACGGGGAGGAUAUAAGUGCAGGCUGGGGAGGAGAACCUGUAGUUCUUGAGGGAAGGAGUAAUACAAAAAUAAUGGGCGGGAGUCAACAAAGUUUUACACAGAGUAGGUCCAUUGAAAUUAAGGGGACAAACUUAGUCACAUUCAUUAAUUUUAAUGGGUCUACUCUGAGUAACAUGCAGUUGAACGCUAUCUGUGAUAGAAAAAUGCUAUAUAUACAUUCUCAAUAAUCCUUACAGCAUCCCUCCAUAUCCAGUUAGUAUAAUUUUUCUUCUGUUGAAUUGUAUGAAGCCCUAUAAGUGCAAAUGUGAGGCAGAGGAAGACUGCUGAAGGGGAUAAUGAGAGAUGGGGAGUUUCUUGCUUGGGGCCACCUGGUAAGUUUGUGGGUGAGGCUCAAACUCAGGACUUAUUGACUCUUAACUCAAACAGUUAACACUGGUGUAUCCCUCCCAUCUCAUGCGGGUAGUUCUCUGAAUUUUUUUGAGCUUAUUUUCACAAUAUAACUGAGUUUAAGGUAUCAGUCAUUAGAGCACAGAGUCCUAACAUAUGGACAAGUAAUUCCGUUGACAUUGUCUAUAAAAUUUUCAAGGGUUCACCCUUAGGUAGCCAAAACAGCACUACCCAUGUACAAGGAGGUGAUAUUGGCAGACUUGGGGAAAACUGCUUCGAGAUUCCAUUACAAUAAAUCAGUAGGGACAUUUACUUCAAUAAAAACUGAAUAAAACCCCAAUAUUUGCGUAAGUACAAAUUUUGGCAUCUGUUUCAUGAUACAAUGGAAAGUGUGUGCCAUCGGGGUUAAAGUCAAACCGUUGGAGAGUUACUGUAGAGACCAAUAGGGGAGAGACAUGUUUCAUUGCAGCUGGGGCAAAUGAAAGCAGCCAGUUAUCCUGCUGCAGAUGCACCAUUGCAUUUCUUCUCUCUGCUCUUCUCCCAGCAGUCAUUUCUCCUCUGGUCACUGCUUUGAAUACAUGACCUGACUGUCUGUCUUCAGGCACUACAGUUGUCUGCAAGGGAUUCCCACACAGCAGGGUUGAUGUUGUCGGCCUUCAUGCCACGUUUUCAGACAUCUUUGUAACACAGAGUUGGUCUGCCAAUGGGCCUGGUGCUUGAAGCCAGCUCCACAAAAUACGUUAGUAUGUAUUACCGUAUUUUUCGCCCUAUAGGACGCACUUUUUCCCCUCCAAAAAUGAAGGGGAAAUCUGUGUGCGUCCUAUGGGGCGAAUGCAGGCUUUCGCUGAAGGAAGCUAUCAGCAAGCCUGGGGAGCUCGCGGGAGUUCCCGCAGGGCUCCCUAGGCUGCGGAUAGCAGCCUGCUGUCCGGAGCGCGGGGCGCGCUGAAGCAGAGCACCCCGUGCUUCGGGCAGAUAUCCGCAGCCUAGGGAGCCUGCUGCCCUUGUUUUUCUCCUCUAAAAACUACGGUAGGUGCGUUUUUAAAAGCUCGGGCUUCCCCCGCCCCAGCCCCGCAGCUGGGGGGGGGAAUAAUUUUUUUUGCUUUAUUCCCCCCCCCAAAAAAAACCUAGAUGUGUCCUAUGGGCCGGUGCGUCCUAUAGGGCGAAAAAUACGGUAGUUAGUGGCCAUAACACACUAACUAUCUUUUUCAGGAUAAAUCUGAAAACUGAGUAGCAAGGGAAAUGAAAUGGAGGAUGACCGAUGAAGGCAUGGCUGGGACUUCAUAUUUCUUGCAGGUCUCACUUGAUAUGAGUAAUUCUCAAGGCCACCCCUUGCAUGUAUUGCUAUCCACAGGUGCAGUGGGGUCGAACACUUCAUCCUUGAGAUCAUUAACAACCUCCCGGAUAUGGAGAUGGUGAUCAAUGUGCGAGACUACCCCCAAGUGCCCAAGUGGAUGAAACCAAAGAUACCCAUCUUCUCCUUCAGUAAGGUGAGAGAGAGUGGACAACUCCUUGGUCAUACUUGGUGGGGACAGCUAAGACGCUUAUUUGAAUAUCUUUCAUUACGGAGAUAUUUUGCAGGAACUAAUGUGCUUCUGUCUGUCCAUUUUCUGAGAGACGUUGGAAUAUUAUGAUAUUAUGUACCCUGCUUGGACAUUUUGGGAAGGCGGACCAGCUGUUUGGCCAAUUUAUCCAACAGGUUUAGGACGUUGGGAUCUAAUGAGAGAGAGCCUCAAAAGGUAUGUUUCUGGAGAGAAAGAUGAAGCUUGUUUUGUGGAGUCUGAAGUGUGUUUCCUAAGAAAUCAAUCAUACUUUGUAAGAUGGAAGUAAGAAUGACAUAAGAACGGCAGUGAUCCAUAAGCUUUGUAAGUUGUGAGGGACAUCUAAGCCAGCUGAGGCUGCAGCCCUAUACCCACUUACCUGUGAGUAAGCUCCAUCAAAUCCAGUGGGACUAACCUCUAAGUACACAUGUAUGGGAUUGGCUCAGCUAAUUUGGGGGGCUUUAAACAAGCCAAAUUGGUGGAAAUCCAAACAGGAGUUAGCAUUUGGGGUAGCAAUGACUUUGCAGACAUCCAACAGUAAGAUGCAAGAGUUUUGGUAUUUUUGUGAGUAUGUAUUAAGGGGAACUUCAGCUUCUCUGUAUAGCAACUCGAAUUUGCUAACAUCCCCUCUUUUUCACAGCCUUUAAUGGCAUAGAGGCUGCCAUCGUUGCUUUCUAGAACAUCCUGCAGUGAUGGAAAUAAAUACAUUGAUUCCCAAAUAUGACACAAACUGACCAGUUUCUCUCCAGUGUCAUCAAUUUUAGAUGUGAAAGAAGUGGCACAUUAAUCAAAUGGUAAAAUGCCUUGCUAGAAUAAUGGGUGAUGCAACUAAUAGCAUGGAGCAGAGUUUGUUUAGUUGAGGUUACUUAACCUAAAACCAAAGAAGGGAUUCGGAGAAAUAGGAUGGAUUUCUUUGCUUCUCUUACUAAGGUGUUAUAUGUCCAUGUUUUUAACAUCAUGUACUGAUCAAACUCUCCUUAGCUCUGCAGAAAAAUGGCCCUGGAAGAAGAAAAUUUCGAAAGCCUAUUUCCGAGGGUCCAGGUGGGUUAGCUCAGUUCCCACUUCCUAACACUGAUAUACUACCGAUGAUUUGUAUAGUGAUAAAACCAGGGCAUUAACAAGACUAGGGCUAUGUACUCUGUUGCCCAGGAAGAUUUAAUGUUUACAAAUGAUAUAAGCAGGGCUCCGACACAUUCUCAACAGGGGUUGAUAUUUUCAGUUCAGAACAGGGUGAUUGUUACCUAGUAAAACAGCUGUUGUUGUUCUUUAGUCGUUGAGUCGUGUCCAACUCUUUGUGACCCCAUGGACCAGAGCACGCCAGGCACACCUGUCUUCCACUGCCUCCCGCAGUUUGGUCAAACUCAUGUUCGUAGCUUCGAGAACACUGUCCAACCAUCUCCUCCUCUGUCGUCCCCUUCUCCUUGUGCCCUCAACCUUUCCCAACAUCAGGGUCUUUUCCAGGGAGUCACAAAACAGCUGUACUAUGUACUAACCUUCUCAAUUGUUGAUUGUCUUUCCUGCAUUCGGGUAACUAUUAGUGUGCAGCCACUGUUCCAAAUAUUUUACUCGAAACGUACUCAAAACAAAAGACCCCCUAAUGAUUUACAUAUACAAGAUACAGAGCAGCUUAGGCUUUGCUGAGGUGGAGGAAAUGCUAGUUUCCUGCACUUCUUGUUCGUGUUCCUUCUCUGCUUUAUUAUAUUCAAACAUAACUUUCAUUCUUUCUUGAUGACAGGAUGGCUUGUGGGUUUUUUGUGUGUGUUUGGAUGCAGUGAAGAAGCAAGAAUACAUUCUAGAUCUUCUGUAUCUCAGGGGUGGAAAACCUGUGGCUUUCCAGAUGUUGGACUAGAGUUCCCAUCAGCCCCAAUGAGCAUGGUCAGUGGUCUGGAUGAUGGGAGUUGUAGUCCAGCAACAUCUGGUUUUUUUAUAUAAGAUAUUUAUUGAAAUUUUCAAGGUGUUACCAAAUAAAAUAAAAACAGUAGAAAAUACAAAAUAAAUAUAAUUAACAAAGUAGGAAAAAAAAAACCCUUCCAACCGUAUGUAUACAAAUUCAAAAAUGAGAAAAAGUGACAGAAAGAAAAAAAAAUGCAAAAAUACAUCACACAAAAUUAAAAAACAUUUAAAAACAAAUUCAUUAUUCUCAUAUCCUCAACUGUCAUUACCCUCUUUCUUUGACCUCCUCCUCCUCCCUUUCUUUGUAUCCUAGUUAUUAAUUAUCCCAGCAAAUCCUUUCCAUAUUUCUUAAUAUUCUGUCAUUACAUUACCCUAAACUGUUUUAAUCUUAUCUUUCUAUAAUAAAAUAAACCUUAAAGUUUAAAACUUAAAUCUUAUCCUUACCAACUUCUCAUAACCAUAAUAUUCUUUCAUAAUUCUUUAAACAUCUUUACUAAAGCCAAGUAAUUUCAUUCCAACAUUUUUCUAACAUUCAUCAAUUUUAUAAAACAGUUCUAAUGGUAGAAAAAAGAAAUACAAACAAAUCCAAUCUUCAUCCAACGUCCCUUCCUCCUGGUUCCGGGUUUUGUCAGUCCUUAUUAUCCCAUCGAUCUAGCCCAUUAACCUGGCAGCCUUAUAUCUGAGGCCCUCAAGUCUCUUCCAUGUCCCUUCCGCCACUCUUCUUCAUAUUUGUAACUGUAUUUUCCCUUGUCUCCUGCUCGUGGUGACUCCAGCUUGGCAAUAUUUUUAACCCUUCUCGACAGAUCAGCCCCUUUUCCAUAUUCAACACUGAAUUCCAUAUGGUAUUUAAAAGCAUGUUUCAAAGACCCUCCGAAAUUAAGAGCCCCCACAAUCCCAAACAUCCCAUGGCCCAUUGUCAGAUUUGAAAAGUCCAAACAUCCCAACAUAGGGGGGUCAAUCCAGCCCCCCAUUUCCAAGCCAAACCAAACUUUUUCUUUCCAAAUCUGGCUUUUUCCAAGUUCAUUUGUCAAGUCCGAAAGUUCAUAUUCCUGUUGGGCCUGUUCUGUCAGGACACACUCCUGAUUUACUUCCUGAGUGGGAUCCACAUAUUUUCCCACUGUCUGUUCAAAAUUUCCCACUGCCUGUUCAAAAUUUCUAGUCGAAGCCGCCAUCCAAUUCACCUUUUCAUGUAAUUGUUACGAUAGGGCAUUUGUUUUAUAGAAAGCACACAACAAAGCUUCUGAAUACAUUGUCCUGCAAGGUCAAAUGCCUGUUCCCACGAUUGUUAUCUUAUAACAGCUGCCGGCUCCCUGGAGUUGGUUACAGUUACACAGUCUCCCUCUAGGGGGAAAACUUCUAUUUGUUCUUGCAACAAAGUUUCCCUUUUUGAGAUACUUUGUCAAUAUUUGUUACUUAAAGAUGCGAAGGGAAGCAGUGGAAUCGCUAUGUUUCUCUCCUUUUAGCUAUCUGUCAAAAUGCUUGUCUCUGGUCAAUGAACUUCAAACGUCAGUUCUGACACCCCGCUCCAGGAUCAGGACGGAGGAAAGUUACUUUACUUUAAACUCACUUUAGUCAGUCCAGAAAAGAUCCCCCUCCUUCUCCUGCUGUCGAAGGGAGGUUCCACAAUUUUAAAUGAUGAAAUCCAAUCCUUUAAAGACGAUUUUCUAAGCUCUAGUUUACGUUGUCUUUGCUUUAUUCUGUCUACAGAAGACCGGGAGGCUGACUUCCUGUUUAGACCUUCCCGUUCCGUACCAAAUUAAAAUAGAUUUUUAAAAUCCAAUUCCUUUCUACUCGCAAGUCCUUAUCUAAUGUCCAGUUGUUCAGAGUCUAAGUACUCACAGGUGCUUAUUUUAGAGUCCAAAUUGUCCCAGGAAAAAGGCAGCGCUCUCUGGCAACGGCUGUGCGGCUUCGCUCCACGAAAAUAGCAAUUGACUCACAGCACCGCGCCACUUCCCCUCUUCACUUCGGAGCCCGUUAGUGGGUUCCUUGGCAAGUUGGGGGGGCGCUAAAGGUGCCCGCCAGGUCCCAUGGUCACAGGCUUCAUCCGCCUGUGAUUUUUAAAAGGGUCCCCACUUCGCCGUAGCGGAAAAGACCCGUUUCCCGCGGAGCUAGUCCCUCCUGUUCAGAGGGAGUCCGCCAUUGCCGAUGGCGCCACCCCAGAAGUAGUCCAGCAACAUCUGGAGGGGUAAACAUUCCUCACACCCGCUUAUAUCCGCAAUGAUGUGUUAUAUAUUCAUCUAAUUAUUGAUGGAGCUCAGCUUCCUACCAUCGUUCCUGCUCAGUAAAUUAGAUAAGUUUGCCUUCCAUGGAGAACAUCGUUUAACAGAUUUAUGUGUGGUUUCACUGGUAGGACAAGUUCAGAGCGGGAUCCCCUCAUUCUUCUUUCUCGAGAAAAUCCAGACCUUGUUGACGCAGAGUACACGAAGAACCAAGCCUGGAAAUCUGAAAAAGUAAUUACAGCUCUUUCCUUUCUCUUAGAAAAGGGGUGUUCUGUUGUUUCAAAGUCUGGCUUCAGCAGGAAGAGAGCCCCUGUUUUUCAGGACAUAUUCAUAAGAUCACACACUGAUAUCCUCGAAUAAUGACCCCUCCGUGGUUCCAUACUUGCCAACACUAGCACAGGUUAAGAACCUCACUUCAACAAUAAGUAUGAAUUGAAAGGAUGGGGGGAAAUGUCUCCUGUUGACUACUUGUUAGUUCUCCUGAGAGCCCAGUGUAAAAGUGCCAUUGGAUAUGUGAAAAGGAAAGGAAAAACUUAACUGUGGGAGAUUAUUCGCAAGUAGUGUCGUGUUUAAAUUAGGUGCUGGGAACUACAUUUAUGGCAGUAAGACAUUGGAGCAUCAUGCAGCCAGAGCCCUGGAUUCAUGUCGUGCUGAUGGCACUUGUAUUAAAUCAUGAAGCCUAAUGUCACACACUUUUUCUGGGAGAGUGUGUGAAGGAGGAUACAUUGUCUUAAGGCACGGGUGGGGAAUGUUUUUCAGACUGAGGGCCACAUUUCCUUCUGGGAAACUUUCCAGGGGCCACAUGUUAGGGCCAGAGGAAAAAGUAGGCAGAGGAAGAAAUGUGACUGGACUUGCUCCUGCACACACUCACAAUGUCUUCCCUAUCCUCCAUCCAUCCAGGCAAGCAGGGUGUGGUGGUGGUGGGGAAUUAUGAAAGUUCAAGGACAUUUCAGGCAGGGAAAAGAACUCAAGGAGGGUCCAGAGGAAGGCUGGUGAGGGGUGGAGCUUGGGAAGUGGGUGUGUGGCUGAGGAGGAAGUGUGAAAUCCUAAGGGGUGACUAAUCUUAAGCACUGCCUUAAUUUAUUGGUUGUGCCCCAGUAGCAGGGUUGCCAUACGUCUGAAAUUCUGGACAUAGCCAGAAUACUGCACUCAGAAGCAGCAUCUGAGUAAAGCUCAACAACAACAACAAUUUUAUUAUUUAUACCCCGCCCAUCUGGCUGGGUUUCCCCAGCCACUCUUCCAGCACAACUUUCCCAGCAGUGUCCAGAUUUUCACUUUUUAAAAUAGGGCAACCCUACCCAGUAGGAAUGUGUCAGAUAUUCUGAUUCUUUUUUGGUUGAGUGUCCCAUAGCUUGUUGGCUGAUUUGAUUUUCAUUGAGAUGCUUGGUUUGGCAUCUACCUUAUGACAGAACUAAUCAUUCUCGUGCUCUGGUUUUAUUUUGUGGCCUGCCAGUUGUGUCUCUCUGCCACCCUCUAGUUAUGUUGUGACUGAGCGGCAGUUACAUCUAUAGGAUGUAAUUUGGAACUUCUCCACUUAAAUAUCUGCAUUGCAUUUCAAGGUGCAGAAGAGGAAAUAACCAGGACUGUAGUGGAAUUGUCACUUAGAUGAAGGUGACGGUUUGCUGUGAACCUUAAUGAUCCAAUGAGCUUAUAACUGACCUACCCACUGCUCUGCAUUGUGAGGAAACAUUAUGCAGUCCAACCUCUUUGUAAGGAACAUGUGACAAGAGAACUUUGGACUGGCACUAAAAGAAGUAUGAAGUUCCAGAUAUACACAUGACAAGAAAAGAGAAACCACUGCUUUUUGCAAUCUUAAAAAAAAUAAUAAUAAUAUGUACCUUAAGCCUGUGCAUGUUUAUUUAGAAGUAAACCCAGGUGAGUUCAACAAGGCUUACUUCUAAGUAAACGUGUACAGGAUUGCAUCCUUAGAAAUAUUUGGACUAUUACAUUUUCUGUGAUAGGUUCCAGGUUUAUUUAGAUUUCCUUAGGAACAGGGACUCUAAUUUUGUGCCUUCUGAAAAUAAAUCUACCAGAGAAACUGUACUUGUGCUUAUGGUGUUUCACUUUGGUUGUAGUCAGUAGGUAGAUGAUAUAUAACAACAAUUUAAAAUAAAUAUAUAUGUAUCUAUUGUUCCUAAAGGACACUCUUGGGAAACCACCAGCUAAGGAAAUUGCACUAACAGACCACUGUAAAUACAAGUAAGUAGCUGUGUCAGGCUGCAAUUCUAUACAUAAAUACGUCAGGAAAGUCCAUUGAACGUAAUAGAAUUUACUUCUGAGUAGACAUGCGCAGGAUUGAACUGUCCGUCUAGAAUUUAUUGGGACUGUUUUCAUCUAUCUAUCUUGUUUUAUGUUAAAAUAGAUACUGGAAAAGUCUUUAGACCAUAAAGAUGUUCAAUUAACCAUUAGUUGCAAGACAAGGCAUUUGCUCCUAUCGUCAUGCUGCUGCUAUUGGCACCUUUUGCCUUACCCUGAAUUGUUUCACAAGCAGGAAUAUAUGCAUUCUGUUUGUGCCUUGGAGAAUUGCUUGUCCGCUCCACCCUUAUGAAAACUUUCUGUCACACAGUUGUGUUAGUUAUUGUAAUUUAAGGAAGGCAUUCAAGGAAUCCCAAAGAACCACUAUAUCCCCUGGGUGCUACUAAGGAUAAUAAGUAGCUGAUAUGAUUAUACUCUGUGGAAUAUCAGCAGCUCUUCUGGUAAAGCAAACCGAAGGCACUCUCAUCUCCGGUCCCUUGAGUAUGUCUGUGAGAUAUGUCAGUGCCACAUGCAGAUGAUGAUCCUGCAAUACUAGUGUGUUAAAUGACUUCCCCGAGGUCUUUUGGGAAGAGCAGAAUGGUGCCUGGAAUAGAAAUUAUGGAUUCUGGCAUAGAGGUUUUUUUAAGCAGAGUAACUUCUGCAUUUGUGUUUUGAUGCUGCAUCCUGCCAUCUCCCUGACUUUUAAGGACAAAAACUUUGGCAACUAAUGUUCAGGCACUGUUGUGUUUUUAUCUAAAGUAUUUUUUAGAUAAAUGUACUCUUGUAGACUAUAGGAACUCACUAUAAGGGCCAGGAUUGAAACCAAAAUGCAAGCCAACACCAUAGAUCACUAUUUCCCAAGCUUAGGUCUCCAGCUUGUUUUUGGACUACAGUUCCCAUCAUCUCUAUCUAGCAGGACCAGUGGCCAGCAACGAUGGGAAUUGUAGUCUAAAAAAACCCUGGAAACCCAAAUUUGGGAAGCACUGCCAUAGAUGGAGCAACUGUGGUUACGGAAGUUUUGAUUUGCCGUAUUUGUCUUUCGAUACUCUGUGGCAAGAGUCAAAUGGCUUAUGUUCUUCCCAUAUGACCCUUCUGUAAAGCAAUUAAUGUAGUGAAUAACCAAGUUGAGGAAGAAAAGCCGUGCCCUUCUCAUAGAACUAUAUGAAGGAGACCUAACAGAUCUUCGGAGAUAGGCAGCUUGCUGCCCUCCAGACAUUGGACUACAAUUCCCAUCAACCCUGACCCCAUUGGCCCCACUGGCUGGGGGUGAUGGGAGUUGUAGUCCAACUAUGUCUGGCAGGCACCUUGUUGGCUAACUUUGAUGUAGUCCUGCUUGAACAAUGAUCAAAUCUUUCAAGAGCAUGCAAGCAUUUAUUAAUUAUUGUAAAUUAUUCAAGUUUGAAUCUCUAGAAGAAUAAAAUUCACCUAAAGCUGCAUAACCCAGUUUUGUUCAAUGAUUAAAUAAAUGCACUGGUUACUGGAGGAGAGGGAAUAUUAUAAGAUGGUGUCUGUUUUUAUUAUACAGAUACCUGUUCAACUUCCGAGGUGUGGCUGCCAGUUUCCGCUUCAAGCAUCUCUUUUUGUGCAACUCGCUGGUGUUUCACGUUGGGGAAGACUGGCUGGAGUUCUUCUACCCUCAGCUGAAACCUUGGGUUCACUACAUCCCAGUCAAAUCAGAUCUCUCUGAUGUCAGGUGAGAAGUUGAAACUGAAGCUGCAGUGGCAUAAUAACCGCUCCUUGCUUACUGAGGUAGAAACAUCAAUGUACCAUGGGAGCUUCCAGACCAGCUGUUUGUUGAACAUCCUUGCUGAUACAUUCACUUGGAGGUUAUACAGCUUUGCCCACUUUGUUUCAGGGAGCUGCUGCAGUUUGUGAGAGAAAAUGACGAGGUAGCCCAAGAAAUUUCAAAGAGGUAAGUUUUCCUUAUAUGUAACCUUAUAUGUAGCUUCCGUGAGGCAAUUAUUCCCACUGCAGAGCACCAGCUGUUGUGAUGACUGGCAGAGGUCAUAAUAGCUUUUGAAAGUAAAACUUGCAAAGGCUGAAGGGCAAUGAUAUUCAGAACCCUUUUAAACAGUCAGUGAAAUUCCAUCCCAAAUUCCUUCCUUCAGUAUUAGUGUGGUAUCAUGUUCAGAUAUGUAUCCUCCUAAGUCAUACUUUGAGUUGACCUGUUGAAAUCAGUGGACAUGACUAACUUAAAUUCAAUGGUCUCUGACUUAUGUAUACAGGUCAACGCGCCCCAACAAAACGCUGAUUGGGUAUGUGCUCUCGUGCAAUGAGGGGUGGGGAAUAUAAAAGGUAAAGGGACCCCUGACCAUUAGGUCCAGUCAUGACCAACUCUGGGGUUGCGGCGCUCAUUGCUUUAUUGGUCAAGGAAGCCGGCGUACAGCUUCCAGGUCAUGUGGCCAGCAUGACUGAGCCGCUUCUGGCGAACCAGAGCAGCACACGGAAACGCCGUUUACCUUCCCGCCGGAGCAGUACCUAUUUAUCUACUUGCACUUUGACGUGCUUUUGAACUGCUAGGUUGGCAGGAGCAGGGACCGAGCAACGGGAGCUCACCCCGUCAUGGGGAUUCGAACCGCCAACCUUCUGAUUGGCAAGUCCUAGCUUUGUGGUUUAACCCACAGCGCCACCCGCGUCCCUCGUGGGGAAUAUACCUAACCUUCAAAUAAUUGUAAGGAAUGUUCAGCAUAAGGUUGGGCAUUAUUAUGAGGGGAACAGAGGAGAUUGUUUACUGUUUGUUGCUUUGGAAAAGAGGACCACUCCUGAAAGGGAAAGUUACUAUGCAGAUCAGUGGCUUUUAGUAGUUCUUGAAUUAAAAAAAGCAUUGACUUUUUGAUGUAAAGGAAGAAUGCACUCCCAGUUCUUCUCCCUUUUAGCCGUGGAUGGAAGUUUCAAGACAUGAGUUGAACAUUCCUGUGCCUGAUGUUGAGCCUGGGAAAGAUGGGCAUGGUUUGCCCACAAGGCCCUGGCAGGCCAAUCUCUGAGACCUGGUGAGCAUAGUUAAUCCUGUGUGUCAAAGGUCUCCCACCACUGGGAUCUUCAACAUAAUCAAGAUGAAAAUCCUGUGGCACCUUAAACACACAGAGAUGUGCUGAGGUUAAGAUCUGGGGGUUGAAUGUACCUUCCAAAUGUACAAAAAUUGCCCAUGAAAGCUUAUCCCACAAAAUGUUAAUCUUUACCAUGUCUUAUAAUUCCUUGCAUUUGCUGCAAGUGACUGCUAUGGUUUCUGUACUGUAGUUUCUCCCUACAAACAUUAUUGCUGUUCUCUUUAAAAUCAAAUUAACUAUCAUAACUUCAUGCCCAAGGAAACCUGAGAGCUCUAGCUUAAUGGGGCAGAUAAUUUUCUGUUAGCGAUCCCUAGCCCUUCCCUCACUGCACUCCCGUUCCUUGAAGAGAUGCACUGAUUAUUAAGCCAGUUUUCAUCCUUAGUUCUUGAGGUAUGAAAGCUACUAACUGUUGUCAUCCUCUUUGCUUGUCUUUCUUGCCUCUAGAGGUCGCCAGUUCAUCAUGGACCACUUGCGAAUGGAGGAUAUCUCUUGUUACUGGGAGAGACUUCUGACUGAAUACUCCAAAACCCUAACUUACAAAGUUAAACGAAAGAGUCACUACAGUGAGAUUUCAUCCAGAAACUUGAAAACAGAACUGUAAAAAUAUUUUUUAAAACUGUUCCAUUUCCAGUUCAGGACCAAGACUUGUGGACACUGUGAAAUCCAAAGAGCAGAAUGGUUUUCUUCAAGCUUAGAGGAAAGAAAGUGUUAUUGUUACUUACUGUAUUAAACUAUUUUAUCAAAUCUGGAAUUUUCUUUAAUAUCAUGGAAAGUAGAUUUUUCCAGAAGUGUUCAGAUAUGUGGGAGGCCAAAGUUCCACUGAAUUCUACUAUUGCUUUGUGGUGAAAUCCUUUUGAAAAGGGAACUGAUGUUCCAUUAUGUUUAACUGACUCACCAUUUAGCACCAGAUUAAUCCUAUG